GGAUGAGAAGCAGCCACACGAUGCUGUAAAAUUUCGUCUUUGUUUUCUCGCUCCAAAAUUAGGUUUCGAUACACACACUCUCUCUCUAUAUACACACUGUAUAUUUAUAGAUUUGAAAGUGCACAGCAAUGAUGUGGUGAAAUCUACAUAAAAUUGUUCGAAAUUAGAAUGGUUGACUACAAUAUAAUGCAGUAGUGAUGGCUGUGUGUGGAAACAGUGCUUCCGUUUCUCUCUCCCCGUCUACUGCCAGACACUCACGGGGUUCUCUUGAAUUGCAGAAGCGUUUCUUAGCUGUGCCAGUCACUAAAUGGAGUUCCAGAAAAUUAAAAUCUCUAGUGACGGAUAUGCCCUCCGCUCCUCCAUUACAUUUGCCUAUAACAUCCUCCAAAGAGUUGAUUGAGUGUUUACUAAAUCGUGAGGAUUUAACUGAAGAGGAGGCUGAAGCUUCUCUCAAUUUCUUGCUUAGUGAUGGUAGUGAAGCUUUGAUAAGUGCUUUUCUUGUUCUUUUAAGAGCCAAGGGAGAGACUUAUGAAGAAAUUGUAGGACUAGCAAGAGCAAUGAUCAAAUGUUGCACGAAGGUUGAAGGGAUGGAAAAUGUAGUUGACAUUGUUGGGACGGGAGGCGAUGGGGCCAACACUGUGAAUAUUUCAACAGGGGCGGCUAUACUUACUGCAGCUUGUGGUGCAAAAGUUGCAAAGCAAGGUAACCGGUCUAGUUCUUCUGCCUGUGGAAGUGCUGAUGUUUUGGAAGCCCUGGGAGUAGUCAUUGAUUUGGAGCCUGAGGGGGUGAAAAAAUGUGUGGAGGAAGUGGGAAUUGGUUUUAUGAUGUCUCCUAAAUACCAUCCUGCAAUGAAGAUUGUUGCUCCUGUGAGGAAAAAGCUUGGGGUGAAGACUGUAUUUAAUAUAUUGGGUCCUAUGUUGAGUCCAGCACGGGUACCCUUUGCAGUUGUCGGUGUAUACAAAGAAGACAUAGUCACUAAGAUGGCUAAAGCAUUGCAAAGAUAUGGCAUGAAAAGAGCAUUAGUUGUUCAUUCAGAGGGCUUAGAUGAAAUGAGUCCUCUUGGGCCUGGAGUACUCCUUGACAUCAAACCUGAAAAGAUUGAAAAAUUCUCUUUUGACCCAUUGGAUUUUGGUAUUCCUCGCUGCACAGUGAAAGACUUGCAAGGGGGAGGCCCUGAAUACAAUGCAGAGGUACUAAAGUGUGUACUAUCUGGUGAGACAGGAUCCAUAGCAGAUGCAUUUGUCCUGAACGCUGCAGCAGCUCUCUUGGUGAGUGGGCAGGUUAGCAGCCUAGCCGAAGGGGUAGCACUAGCCCGGGAAACACAUCAAUCAGGAAAUGCUCUCAACACCCUUGAGUGCUGGAUCAAUGUAUCAACUAAGAUUAAAGAUUCAACCAUCAUGGUUUCCUAACUUUUGACCGAUGGGUUUGUUACAAAAUGGCUAGCAUUGAGCUUAUUGUAUGUUUUAGAGAGAAAGGUAUGCAAAUUUGUUUGGGACAUGAAGAUACGUUCGUUAUAAAUGGCUAGCAUUGAGCUUGUUUUAUGUUUUAGAGAAACAGGGAAAACUUUAUGCAACAUUUAUUUUAUUUUAUUUAUUAUUA